AACAGAGAAGUAAUUGUAUAUGUAAGAGUGAGGCAACCGUAGCAGAAGGGGCAGACGCAGAAGGAGAGUGAGACGAAGGGGGGAAAAGGAGAGACGCACGUUGUCUUCGGGAUGGGGGCACCGGGAAAGGAGACGGAGAUGAAGGAAGUGCAGGAUGAGGACAUGAAUCUGAGUUUUGAUGCUUUGAAAGAGGAACCAGGGAUGUAGGGAGAAAAGGAGGCGGCCAAUCAACAAAAAUCGUGUUUUACGAUACAAAGUUGGGGGAUUCUUGAGGUAGCAAGCGAGGUGUUUUUAAAAGAGCGUGUUUUGAUAAAAGUUGUAGAGAAGGGCAGAGAAAGUGUAUACUCCAGAAAGAGAGACAGGAAAAGGGGAAGGGCCUUGGUCUCCUCCUCUCCAGCUGACAAAAACAGCUGCCCAGGAGGACAGAGGUGGAGAAGAAGACUCGCAGGGUGAACGGACGGAAAGAGAGAGAAACUACUGGACCCCGAUCACCUAUAUGGGUUGUGUCCUGAGCUCAGAUUGGUGUGGAGAAGGAGAGGUGCAACCGGUGCCGGUGGUCCAAAGUUCGUCUCUGAAGAGAAGGAGUCUGGAGAGGAGUGACAGCAGCAGGAUGAGGCUCACUAAGGCAGGGAAGGGAGAGCCCCAUGUCUUCAAGGAAAAGACGUUCAAGAAGAAACGGCAGUGCAGCGUGUGUCGACAGAACAUCGACAACGUGGGCUCCUUCUGCAGAGUAUGCAAGACAGGCACCCACAGGAAGUGUGAGGGCAAGGUGACGUCUGCAUGCAUCCCACCUCCCUCCAAUGAUCUGCAGCGUAGAGGAACAGCUCCUUCUCGACACAACCAACACAUGGGAUCAACCAAGUCUCUAACCUACACCAAACAGAGGAACACCCUACCGAGGAGCUUCAGUGUGGACCGUGUGAUGGAGCGCGUGAUGGAGCGCCACUACGACUUCGACCUGACGUACAUCACUGAGAGGAUCAUUUCUGUCUUCUUCCCUCCAAAGCUGGAAGAGCAAAGAUACCGGCUCAAUCUGAAGGAAGUGGCCGCCAUGCUCAAAUCCAAACAUCAGGACAAGUUUCUGCUCCUGAACCUCUCUGAAAGACGCCAUGACAUCACCCGACUAAACCCAAAGGUCCACGACUUUGGCUGGCCUGACCUCCAUGCCCCGCCGCUGGAUAAGAUCUGUGCCAUAUGUAAGGCCAUGGAGAACUGGCUGACCUCUGACCCCCAGCACGUGGUGGUCCUUCACUGCAAGGGCAACAAAGGGAAAACGGGUGUGAUUAUUGCAGCCUACAUGCACUACAGCAAGAUCUCUGCAGGAGCGGACCAGGCUCUCAGUACUCUGGCCAUGAGGAAGUUCUGUGAAGAUAAGGUGUCCUCUUCCCUCCAGCCGUCCCAAAACAGGUAUAUUUAUUACUUUGGAGGCCUUCUCUCUGGGGCGAUAAAGAUGAACAGCAGCCCUCUCUUCCUCCACCAAGUUCUUAUCCCAUCACUUCCCAACUUCCAGGGUGAAGGAGGUUACCACCCCUUCUUGAAGAUCUAUCAGUCCAUGCAGCUGGUCUACACUUCAGGCAUAUAUGACCUUCAAGGCACUGGUGGGAGGCGACUGUGUGUGUCCGUCGAACCGGCCUUGUUGCUGAAAGGUGACAUCAUGGUGAAAUGCUACCACAGGCGGGCCCACGGUGCCGACAGAGACACGGUGUUCAGGCUGCAGUUCCACACCUGCACCAUCCAUGGAUCCCAGCUCUGGUUUGGAAAGGGGGAACUGGAUGAAGCUUUCACCGAUGAACGAUUUCCAUCCGAUGCCACUGUAGAGUUCGUCUUCUCCUCGGGUCCUGAAAGGGUCAAAGGCCGUGAAUACCACAAAAACGACCCAGCUGUCAUCGUCGACUACAACACUUCAGAUCCAGUGGUUCGCUGGGACUCCUAUGAGAACUUUAACCAGCGAUAUCAGGACAGCCUGGAGGACAUUGCACAUACCCGAGGUCCUUUAGAUGGAAGUCUUUACGCUCAGAUAAAGAAGCGACGAGGUCCCAGCUCUGGUUCUCUGACCUCAACCAAUGGCAGCAGCCCAGCGGGAGGCCCUGCAGAAGACAGACCUGAUCAUCUGAUCCCUCAAGGUUCCGACUCAGGCCUUUCAGCCCAUUCCCUCCACUUGAACCAAUCAUCAGUCCAUCCUGAUCACCCAGAGGAACUUGUUCGCCCACCACCACCGACCAGACAGGAAAGGGAGGAGCUGGAACGUCUCCUUGGUGGGAUUGAGGGAAACAAGGAUGGAGAGCGAGAGACUGCCAUUUUAGAUGAUGGCGAUUCCUGGCCCCCGGAGAGAAUUGGGACAUUGAGGCUCAAUCGGUCAUGUUCUUGCAGGGAUGAUUACCGGUCUCAGCGCUGUGCUGAACCGGGGUGUGACCGCACCCUCCUCAUGCCAAAUGGCUACUGUCUUGAUAGAGCUCCCGGCACUAAUGGGCACCAUGGGGCGACCCCUUCCACCAGUCCAAACCCAGCUGGUCCUCCAUCACACAUGGAUAUGUGUCAACAUUACAGCCCACAUACCCACCAGUCCCUUCCUCCACCAGAUCUAGUGUGGGACCGUCAGAGUGGCCCACCCCACUACUUACACCGCUCCUGUUCAGAGGCGCCCUCAUCUAGACAUAUUUGUCCGUACCCAUCACCAGACCUCACCCCUCAUUCUCAUAAUCCGCCACACCACCAUCCCGUACCUGCUGCUGGUCGACUUUACUGUCGUGAAGAUGUUCCCUUCCAUUAUCCUCCUCCACCUCUCAGUCACCACCACACCCACUCACACCACCCAAAACCCUCCACCAGUCCAACUUACCAUGACAUAAUGCUGAUGGAUAACCUACCGCCCUCUAGCUGUCCUUGUAGGGACUGCAGCAUUAGAAGAGAAGAUUCAGCUGCCUAUCACACCCUGAGGCUAGAGCGCGGUGACAGCUUUCAUUGGGACAGAGAGGCAGAGCUUCAACAACGAGAGGCAGGACUCAGGAGAACGAGGGAGACGGAAUUAACCAGAGGGCCAGAACUUCACUGGGAGAGGGAUCCUGGGCUCAGACGAGGCAGAGAGCUGUCACUCCACUGGGAGCGGGACAGGGAGGCGGAACUGCAGUGGGAAAGGGACAGAGAAGCAGAAUACUGGCACAGACGGGCCACCGUAGCCUCCUACGGCCCACAGGGACACGAUCUGCCAGCCUUCAGUUUUGACCCUUUACCGUCAGGUCACCCAGCUUAUCCAGAGGCGUCAAGGUCCCACGCUCAUUCCCACCUGGAUCUGAAGUACAGCAGCAGUAGCAGCGGGUACCAAACACCACGUCAGGCAUGCCCCUGCUCACCGUAUCAGCCCUCGCCAUCUGAAAGCAGAGGCUAUGCCUCGGGCUACCAGUCAGAGUCCACAUCUCCUCUGCCUCCUCCUUCCUCCAUGGUGGGGACUUGCAGCCACAGCAACGGGCCAGCAGACCAUAUCCCUAACCACCACCACCACCAUGCGGAUUCACAACAGUCAUACAGCUCUGAUUCACACACUGAUGGCCUUCGUAGCUCCGGUGAAAGCGUGGGCUGGAGGGAUCACAUCACUCAUGGGUCUUUCAGGAGGGUCCACAGAGAUGCUCAUGUGGCCUGCUCCACACCAUCCGAUAUGUCUGGACCAUCGACACCAGUCCACACCAGUAGCCCACUACGCACACAGGAGAGUCCCAGUCCCGCAGGCAGAGAUUAUGAGAUCCGGACCACAGAUAUCAUCAGCAGUGACAACGAGGGUUCCCCAUCACAAGACGGACACUUUAGUAAUGCUAACGUCAUUCAGGAAUCAUCAGCACACCCAAAAACAAGCACCAAACAGGAGGACCCUUUAUCACCCACCAAACCAGAUUCCCCACGGGUAGAUCCCCCCAAAGCCACAGCGCCUCACCAAAACUGCACCAUAGAUGCACCCUCUGCUUCCCCUCUUGACUCUGUGACACCGACCACAACAAGCCGGGAGCACUGCCAGGUUCCCUCAUCAUCAGCACCAAACACACAUCCCCAGACUCUCCCUCUCAAUCCUUCAGAAGCUGCUGCUGUCCCUUCCACCGUGGUCCAGACAGUCACCCCUUCUCAGACCCAAACCCAAGCCAAUGGACUGAGUUCAGCACAUGUGAAUGGAUUGUCACCAACAAAGUCUCACCCAGAGGGCCCCAAAUCCCCCACUUCCAACCCUCCAUCGGCCCCUGCAUCAUCCCCAUCCUCACAGCCUGGGUCCAGCAGCAUGGAUGGCUCUCCGGUCUCAGAUGUCCCAGUUCCUGGUUUUGCCACCCUGGGCAGGAGGUUAAUGUUGAGUGGGUCAGAAUCCCACCACCCUAACUACCUGCAGCACCAUGGACCCCCCCACCACCACUACGCCAUCCUGGACCACAGUGCUCCUCUAGACGCUAGUAAGAGAAAUGGCUAUUUUGGUCCUGCCCYGCACCUGCCCCCGGCCUCCUACUCCAACUACUCCACUAUUUCCAUCCCUCUCCCCCACCCACAACCACCUCUGCCAGAGAAGCGACAUCAUCCUGCCCAGCCGGGCUCCCCCUGUGAGGGGGUGAGGCCAAAUGUGGGCCAGGCACCUCCUUCUGCCCAGCAUCAGCACCAUGUUACGUUUUCUCCCAUGGUGGGGGAAAUUGCACCGCUUGCAGGACACAACGAAGAAGUGGAGGGUGAGACCACAAACCGAGUCAGUGUCAAGUUCGUCCAAGAUAGUUCAAGGUUCUGGUACAAACCAGGCAUCUCUAGAGAGCAAGCCAUCGCUGCUCUGAAGGAGAGAGAGCCAGGAACUUUCCUGGUCAGGGACAGCAACUCCUUCCAGGGAGCCUAUGGCCUGGCUCUGAAGGUGGCCACGCCUCCGCCCAAUGCAAGCCUCAGCAGCAAAGCAAGCGACCCCCUGGAGCAGCUGGUGAGACACUUUCUGAUAGAAACAGGCCCUCGGGGAGUGAAGAUCAAAGGGUGUCAGAAUGAGCCACACUUUGGGAGCCUCUCUGCACUAGUCUAUCAGCAUUCUAUCACACCCAUUUCUCUGCCCUGCGCUCUUAAAAUCCCAGAGAAAGAUCUUGUAGGAGAAGUGCAGGAGGUUCAACCAGUCACCAACAUCAGCACAGCAGCAGACCUGCUGAAACAAGGAGCAGCCUGCAAUGUUCUCUACCUGAACUCUGUGGAAACCGAGUCGCUGACCGGCCCCCAAGCGAUCGCCAAAGCAACGGACGCCACACUGGGUCGGAACCCUCGGCCGUCUGCCACCGUGGUCCAGUUCAAGGUGACAUCGCAGGGCAUCACACUGACCGACAGCCAGCGGAGAGUUUUCUUCAGGAGACAUUACCCUGUUAACAGUGUCACCUUCAGCAGCGUUGAUCCAAAGGACAGGAGGUGGACUAACUCUGACAACGCAAUGGUUCAGGUGUUUGGUUUUGUUGCCAGGAAACCAGGCAGCACAGCGGAGAACGUGUGCCACCUUUUCGCGGAGCUGGACCCCGAGCAGCCCGCUUCUGCCAUAGUCAACUUCAUCAACAAGGUCAUGCUAGCACAGCGCAGAUGAAGAAACCCAGAGUCCGUCAAUCAAACCGGCAGACCGUUCAGUAUUUGUUCGUUUUUUCCUAUCACAACUCCUCCUGGAAUGAGGAGGCUUCUUGACAGAGCGGAGCCAGCGUUCAUCAGGGGCUGUUACCAAGAGGCAAGAUGGAGGAUUAAAUGACCUACUCUAGAUAUAGUUGGCAUUUUGAAUCGAAAUCUGAUCAUCUCCGUCAGUGUGGAUCUACUGAAGAUGGAAUGGCCUGUGAUGUGCCAACUAUUGGCUGGAGGAAAAAAAAGUUUAUUUUAACUAUAAAUCAGAUAUCUUGUCUAUUUUUCUUUUUAAAAUGUUUCUAUUGCAUCAGCUGAAACUAUUUUUCAGGUAAAAGUUUUAUUACCCAAUGUCUGUUCUUUCCCCUUGAUUCAAUAACGCCACUGUGCUCCUCUGAUUUUAUUGUCAGUAAAUAAAAACGAUUUGUUAAAUGUAACUAUGGUAACAGGAUUGUCCUGAUCAGGAUUUUUCAGUCCCCCAAUGCGAAUGUCAAUAAAAACUCCCUACCCGAUAUGUGAUUAAAAAUCAACGUCAUGCAUCUGAUGUGAGAUAAUAUUACACAUGUAUUAGUGCUAUCAUUAAGCCUGCAGCUAACAAUUAUUUUAGUAAGGGAUUAUUUUAUCAAUUACUCCAACGAUUAAUCAGUUAAUCUGACACAGGUUACAGAUUUUGUAUUUAACUACUUAAGCCUUUUUAUACGUUACAGAUAUAUUGAAAGAUGCAAAUAAAUAUUGCAAUUAAUUUCUUUAAAAAAGAAAACAUUUUAUGGCCUAAAAAUGCUUAAUAUAGCAUUAAUUUUGUGAAUUUGACAGACAAAAUUGUUUUUUGCAGUUUAGUACAGUUUUGGUUUAAUCACUGCUCUGAAUGUAUAAUCCUUUAAACAAUCAAUUAGUUAAUUACUUCAAUAAGGAUUCAUCGCAAUUAAUCUGAAUAAUCAUUUCAGCCCAAGUUGUGAUUGUGUUCACUAUCAUUCCAAAUUCUGCUGACUAAUCGGUUUUUAUAGACGGGGAUGGAUAUUCUUCUCCAGGUCAGCCUCAAUGUACAGCCCCAAUUCAUUUAUUGAACUUAAUAUCAUUUCUGUGUAAUGUGUUAACAUUACCCAAUCUGUCCUGAUAAAACAUAAACUGUGGGAUAACAUCAUAUUACUUGUGAAGCCGUCACUAAUCGAUGGUGAAGUACUUUUAUGUUUUAUCUGACUGAUGAACUAAUCUUGCCUUUUGAUAAACACCCCUGAUUAAAUGACAACGCGAUGUGCCAUACAGUUGCCUUCAACACAGACAGAAAUGAACAAACAGCUCUUGUGAGGUUUGAACAUUUGAAACAUGGCUGCCUUAAAUGACAGCAGAUUUGUAUAUUUUGUACCAGUCUAAAAAAAAUAUUCUUAUUUUUAUGUUUAAGAGUAACCAAAGUGAUGUAAUUAACUUCCUGUAUGUAGAGACAUUAAGUAUUCUAAUGUACGUAAAGCACAUCCACAUCGGCACCUUUCACCUGCAUUUACCACAUUUAUAAUCAGAACCGACAAUCAUGUUUGGGUUAAACUCACAUUUGUCCGUUCACUCAGAGCGAGCCAGGGGAGGCAAACCCGAACGUGAGUUUUUUUGAUCUUGCGAUGAGAGUUGUGCGCGUGCUGAAGGUGAACGUGGGGUGAGAUGGUUAAACUCGUCCAGUAAAGGUUUAGCCAUGUCUGGUUUUUCCCAAAGUAAUGCAUGUGAAUCAGGGCUGAAGCUAAACUGUAAAACGGACUCUUCUACAGGGCGGCAUGGUGGGAAAAUGUUUGCAGCUAUUGUUUGAACAAAAUGAAAACAUAAAUGACACCAAUGUUAGAGUUUUUAAAAACGCACACACACACACACACACACGCACACACACACACACACACACACACACACACACACACACACACA